AUGCAACCCUGGCCUUGGGGGUUGGGGGUUGGGGGUUGGUUGUUAGCUAUCAUUUCCCCUCCCUCGUUUGCUGACACCUUGCGGAGGUGCGCUUUUAACAAUCUGGGGAGAAGUCUGCAACUCGAAUUGAGCAAGAUCCGGUACUACAGUGGAGUACUGCUACAAGAGCCCAGGAGAUCGAAAUAUAGUUAUCUUCUUGCGAUGACCCAGCUCGAUCUCCCACCAAAUUCGUCUGCGCCCUCGGAUUCUCUCAGGAUAUACAUCACAAUGUCGUCCAUCGUGCGUACGUCGCUGAGGCAAUUUUUGCACACAAGCCGCCAGUCACUCCUGGCGUCGUUGAAGGCAAAGAAGCCGGUUAAUAUUGUGAUUGGGAAUCAGUCUGCGGACAUCGACUCCUUCGCAUCCUCCAUCCUCUACGCCUACUACACCGGUCCCACCACCCCGCCCACCACCCCGCCCACAAUCCCCCUCCUCUCCAUCCCGCGCGAAGACCUCUCCCUCCGCCCCGAGAUCCUACACCUCUGCAAUCUCUUCUCAAUCUCCCCCUCCGACCUCAACUUCACUGACGACCCCCCCAUCACCGACCUACCCCAAGACUCAACAAACAUAGCCCUCGUCGACCACAACCACAUAGAACCAAACCUCUCCUCCCAUUUCACAGACCCCGCCAAAGCCGUCACAGCCGUCAUCGACCAUCAUGACGAUGAGGGCCUAUACCCAGAUGCAAAACCACGCAUCAUAACACCGAGUGGAUCAUGCUCGUCUCUCGUAACCCAGCACUUCCAGAGUGCGUUCCCGCAGAGCGGAGACGUCCGCGGGGAGCUGGCGCGACUGGCGCUCGCGGCGGUGCUCAUUGAUACUACGAACAUGACCAACAAGGUCACGCCGCACGACGAAGAGGUAUUGGCUUUUCUCGAGGCUGAGAUAGCCAAGAGCGUUACAGAAGGUGGUGGUGCCGGCGAGCCAUGGGAUCGUAAGAAGUUCUACAACGGCGUGUGGGACGCCAAGAACAACGUUGACGCCAUGCCGCUGCGGGACCUGCUGCGCAAGGACUGGAAGGAGUGGGCUGAGAGCGUGGCGGGUGUGGACGGGGUACAGAGAAAAGUCGGUAUUGCAUCUGUGCUGCGGGAGCUGGAGUGGUUGAAGGGGCGGGAGGCGGGCGAGGGGAGGGAGUUAUUUGUGUGGGUACUGAAUGAAGGGGCGGAAGGGUGCUUGGAGGCGUUUGUGCGAAUGGCGGAGGAGGCGGGGUUGGGGCUGAGCGUAUGGGGUGGGGGCGCCCUUGAUGGGGAUAAUGGUAGGAGGAGGGCCUGGUGUCAGAAGAAUUUGAAGGCAAGUAGGAAGCAGGUGGCGCCGCUACUAAGGGAGAGUAUCAAGGUGGGGGCCAAGAGGGAAUCCAAGGUUUAG